ACCAUUUUUAAUAAGAAAUGGAUGGGGUUCCUUAUCCAGAACAAUCUCUGCGCUAGAUUUUCUUCAUCAAAACCAAUUACACUCCGAAAUUCAAUUGCAGUGUCAAUGGAAAUUCUUCCGUAUCUCUCUCGCCUCAAACUGUCUCCACAUCUCAGUUUCACCAUUUGCAAUACCAAUGCUGUAAACAUCGCUCCUCGUCUCCCCUUCCCCUUCAAAACCCAUCUCCUUUUUCCAAGAAGCGCCACGAAUUUCUCACUGUCCGCCACCGUCGAAAGCCAUGAAUCUGCAAAAGUAUUCGACGAUUACAAUGAAGAUGAGAGCUACGGAGAAGUGAACAAAAUAAUCGGGAGUAGGGCACUCGAAAAUGGCAGUGGGAUGGAGUACUUAAUAGAGUGGAAGGACGAUCACGUACCCACAUGGGUUCCUUCAGAUUACAUAGCCAAGGACGUGAUCGCCGAGUACGAAGCUCCCUGGUGGAACGCCGUGAAGAAAGCCGACGAAACGGCUCUCAGAGAAGUUAUUAGCUCCGGCGACGGGAGAGACAUUGACGCCGUGGAUCAAGACGGCCGGACGGCUCUUCUGUUCGUAUCGGGGCUAGGCUCGGAGCCGUGCGUGAAGCUGUUAGCCGAGGAGGGUGCAAAUGUCAACCACAGAGAUAACAGUGGCGGAUUGACGGCUUUACACAUGGCUGCUGGUUAUGUCAGACCCGGAGUGGCGAAGGUGUUGAUCGAAUUCGGGGCGGACCCCGAAUUGGAAGACGAUAGAGGAAAAACCCCAUUGGAAUUGGCCAGAGAGAUUUUGAAUGUGACACCAAAAGGCAACCCUGUUCAGUUUGCUAGGAGAUUGGGAUUGGAGAAUGUGAUAAAGGUGUUAGAGGACACCAUAUUUGAGUACGCGGAGGUGGAGGAGAUCCUCGAGAAGAGAGGGAAGGGGACGAACACGGAGUACUUGGUGAAAUGGAAAGACGGAGGGGAUAACGAGUGGGUGAAGGCGGGAUUGAUAGCCGAGGAGUUGGUCGAGGACUUUGAGGCCGGGCUCGAAUAUGCUGUGGUAGAGUCCAUUGUGGACACGAGAAGGGGUGAGGAUGGGAAGAUGGAGUAUUUGGUGAAAUGGACCGACAUAGAAGACGCUACUUGGGAGCCCGAGGAGAAUGUUGAUCCCGAUUUGAUUCAAGAGUUCAACUUAAUGAGAAAACCAUCGUGAUUUGAUCGAAGAAUUGUGUUUGUAUUUGCUUUCAUCUUGAGAGCGAGUCGAUCAAUGAUCGACCGAUGUCUUCGGAAUUUUCAAUCUCUUGUAUUGUUGUUUAUUUACCAAGAAAAAGAUUGGCCUGGCCCUGUGAUAUAAAUGGAACUUCAUUUUUGAACGUUGAAUUUAGAAUUUUGGGUUA